CAUCGCACUCACUCAAUCAUCAUCCUUUAAUCAUCAAAUCGUACCUCUAGCAACUGCAUCAUUCACGAGCUUGCCUCCAGAAGCACGCCCCAGCCCGUCUCAGCACCACCGACUCACCCCGACUCUGCCCCACGCCGCCGCCAAGCCGCGCCCACACCAUCUCCGAGUCACCGCGUCAUCGUUCUCCUCCGCCGGCGUCUGUAACCCACCCCUCUCGCCUCCUCGUCCACCCUUCCCAGCAAGCAGCUGCAGCCAUGGCCCCGAGCGGCAAGCGGCACCCCGACCUACUGUGCUGCAACUUCAACCAGGACUUCUCGUGCAUCGCAGUCGGGCACAAGAAGGGGUACACGAUCCUCAACUGCGACCCAUUCGGCAAGGUCCAUUCCAAGAAUGACCAGGGCGCGACGGGCGUCGUCGAGAUGCUGUUCUGCACGUCGCUGGUAGCGCUUGUCGGCGCGCCCGACCAGCAGGCGAGCAACUCGCCCAAGAAGCUCCAGAUUGUCAACACCAAGCGCCAAUCAACCAUCUGCGAGCUCAUCUUCCCGUCGUCGGUUUUGGCCGUCAAGAUGAACCGCAAGCGGCUGAUUGUGGUGCUCGAGAACGAGAUCUACAUCUACGACAUCUCGACAAUGAAGCUGCUACACACGAUCGAGACGGGGCCGAACCCCAACGCCGUGUGCGCUCUCUCGUCGUCGAGCGAACACUCAUACCUCGCGUAUCCGUCUCCUGCGCCGUCGACGUCGUCCGCCUCGGUGUCAUCUGGCGUGCCGCCAGCUGCUCCGGCGCCGACAACGGGUGACGUGCUCAUCUUUGACACGCUCAACCUGUCCGCUGUCAACGUGAUCCAGGCGCACAAGACGCCAAUUGCCGCGCUGAGCCUCAACUCGACGGGCACGAUGCUGGCCACGGCGAGCGACAAGGGGACUGUCGUGCGUGUCUUCUCGGUGCCCGACGCCAAGAAACUGUGGCAGUUCCGUCGCGGCACGUCGUCGGCACACAUCUUCAGCAUGAACUUCAACCUCGCGUCCACGCUCCUCGCCGUGUCGUCCGACACCUCGACAAUCCACAUCUACAAGCUGACCAACCGGAAGAGCGGGAACGGUGCCAGCGGUGGUGGCGACGAGUCGCCGCCCCCGAGCGCAAGCUCGGGAGGGUUCGACAGCCCGACGCCGUCGGAAACGCCGAGCUCGCCACCCUCCUCGGCCCCGCAUCUGGGAUUACCUUCCACCCAUACCGCCGCGUCGUCUCUCCGUCGCCGCUCAUACCAUUUCGGCAAGAGCCUCCUCGGUGGGGUGGGCACAUACCUCCCCAAAGGCGUCACAGAGAUGUGGGAGCCGCAGCGUGACUUUGCCCACAUCAAGCUGCGUCCCCAGCAGACGGGCGUGCGCACCGUCGUCGCCAUGAGCAGCACCCUGCCCCAGGUCAUGGUGAUCAGCGCCGAUGGCGUGUUCCAGGCGUACAACAUUGAUCUCGAGAACGGCGGCGAGUGUGCCUUGAUGAAGGAGUUCAACCUUCUGAACAACGAGGAUACGCUCGGAUCGGGAACAGGAGAGUAGGCGGCAGGCUAGACCGGUACCAAGUUGUAGAUGCAAUCUAAUCUGAUGA